AGUGGCAGGUUUUCAGUUUUUACGUUCGAGGGUCUUUGCCGUCUCCGUGCGAUAUCCUAUCAAGAACUAGAGGGGCGAACUGGAAGGAGACCAUAAGCCUCUCCAAUUUUUGGGCUCUUUGGCUCUCACUGAGCCCGCAGAAUUCCCACCGUCCACCGCAAUAGCGGCACGUCAAUUCGGGCCAUUGGAAAUUUCCUAUCAAUCAACAAGCGCCAUGGCUAUAUCUACUCCACAGUUUGGUUUCUCUUCAAUUUCAAACCUAAGCCGUUCUUUUCCUCAAUCAAUUUUUUUUCCUCCCAAGAAGUCGCAGGUGGUUAUGCAACGGCAAAGCAAUGGAAGUGGUCGGCGAGUUUGGCGCGGGAGAAAAUUGAUGAAGAAGGAUGACAUGUUGCAUUAUAAAUUGGGGCGAAUUCCAUUCCUGGAGGAGCAGGUUAGGAAGGUACGAGAGGGGGGAGAGCUAUUGACAAUGGAUAUUGAGAGACUACUGCUAUCAGAAGACAACCGGUUUGAUUUUGUGAACGAGGUAGCAGCUGAGGCCAAAGAAUAUAUUGAGAGCAACAGAGAUGAGUAUGGAGGUAAGAAAAAGGCAAUCCUUCAUGUACUUACUAACCGCAUGAAUGAUGCUGGGUUUUACCGUAAAGAUGCAUAUGAGGAAUCUGACCCUUUCAAGCCUGGGCCUGGUUAUUUGAAGGAAGAGUUUACAUAAACUCCAAAAGUUAUAUAUGCUGCCGUAACAUUCUGCUGAACGUUGUAUUUUGUAAUUAACAAUGCAUAAUCUUAUCUUGUGAUAUUAUUGUCCUUGUUUGUUGUUAACGUGUCUGGAGUAAUGUUAUCUUAUACAUCUUAUUGGUUGCU